AUGGCGGAGGUCGCGCGAGACGAUCGGUCGCCGACGGUGGGAGGGAGUAACACGCUGUCCAUGGACGUCGAGGUCGUGGAUGGAAUGGUGCCGAAGCACGAGUUUGAUCGAGCGAUCGAAGCGGCGCAGCAGGCGCUGCGAGCGAAGACGGCGUCGAGUCAGCAGAUGCUGGCGCAGGCGUCGAGCGCCAUGCGCAACGCGCUCACGGCGCUGUCGCUGAGCGAACAAGAGGUGGCCAACUUGAAGGCGACGGUGAAGGAGCUGCAAGAGCGACCGGCGGAAGGGACGAAUGAAAUCAUCGAACGCGAGCGAGAGGAGCUGAGACAGGCGCAACAGCGCGUGGCUGAUUUGUCGUCGGCGUUUCGGCAGUUGCAGGGCGAGGUGGCGCGCGUGCGAUACGAGCAGGAGGGCUUCGACAUGCCGGUGGCGAUGUCGUUGCCGGUGAAGAUUGCACCGGAAUUGGCGAGUCGAGUGACGGUGAUCGCGCAGCUGGUGAUGCUGGGGUACUCGUAUGAGGAUGGGGAGAUGGCUUUGGACGCGAUCAGGGUGAAUGACUUGCACUUGGCGCUCGAGUGGCUUGAGGGAAGACACGCGACGAAGUCGCAAUUUUCAAUCAACCAGCGACGCGCGGCGGAGUUGGAUGACGAAACAAAAGCGCGUCGCAUCACAAACACGACAGAAGAGGCGACGCAAGAUCGUACGCGGAGCCACAAGCCUCGACCGGCGGCGCCUGCGCGGGCUUUGCGCGCACCGCCGACUCAGGGGCCAGAUAGAGUCGAGGAGGUACGUGUCGUCGCCCGCAGCGGAACUAAAGCUACGGUGAUGCGUCAGCGGUCAAUGAUGAGCACAUACGACGCUCGAAAGCGCGCGGUGUCGUCGAUGAUUUGUAUGGCGAUCAAGCCUCCUGGUGUCGCCCAAGGAAUGACAAAGGAGGACUCGGAAGCGAUCGCCCAACGUUGCAUCGAGGGACUAGCGCGUCUCGCGCACAAGAGCAGUGCUUUUAUGAUUCUCACUCUUGGAGGCAAUCGAUGCGCUUUCGACUGCUUGAAGCUCUACGAAACGAAUCCCGACGUCGUCGUCGCGGCUUUCAAGUUGAUGCGAGCACUGGAGAGCAAUAUGUCCACGAUGAUGCACAUCAAAAAGCAACAGCGCUUCAGAUUGCUUCCCAACGCCAUUUCGCACGCGACUGGUCUUCAUGCCGGCGAAAUUGACAUCGUUGGCGAAGGGGCUCAUGCCUUGUGGGCAUCGAAUACGUUGGGAGGAAAGCUUGCUCAAGAACGUUGCAAGAGCUCCGGAUUUUUGCGUUACGUUAAGACAUCACUCAACGAUCUGAAGAUCAAAGAAAAGGAUCCGAACGCCAAGUACCGUCACAAAAUUGUGGGUAUGCUCUUAUCACUUGCGAACGGCAACAAGACCAUGCAAAACUUCUUGGUAAAUGAGGGUUAUCGCGCGAUGAUUCGCAAGACACUUACCGAAAAUCCUUCACUUUCGUUUGCCGGCGAGUUUUCGUCCCUCAAAGAUUGGAUCAAAGAAGAAUACGAGUCGCCAUCUUUCGCUCCCGACGAUGAAACACCGAAAGCACGAACUCCAGGAGGACGUGAUGCUAAUGAGUCGAACGAUAAACAGUCGAAGAAACCGAAGGAUGAUCGCGAGAAGAAAGUUAUUGAACAGCAGCAGAGAGCGUCAGCUCUGCGCUCACACAUGACGGCGCGUGGAAUCACGAAGGAAGGCAUUUAUUUCGCGAAGAAAAGAGUGAUUAUGAUGCUAUGCAAGAUUGCUCUUAAUCCUCCAGGCUCGGUUGCUGGCGUGUCGAAGGCGGAAAGCGAAGAAAUCGCUUACCGCUCCCUGCUCGCAUUGGCGCGGAUCACGGAGAAGGGAUGUGCAUACCUUGUUCUCACGUGCGGUGGUCCUCGCACGGCGGUGGAGUGCUUGCGUUACUAUUUGUACAAUCCCGACAUGAUGUAUGCGUGUAUGCGUGUCUUGCGCGCCUUGCUUACGGAUCCAAGCACGAUGAUGCGACUGAUGAAACAAGUGCGUUUCAAGAUCUUGCCGUCUGCAAUCAUGGACGCAGUGGUGCGUCACUCAGAUGAUCUGGAGAUGAAAGCUGAAGCAGCGCACGCUCUCUGGGCGUACACCGGUGUUGGUGGUAAAUUUGCGCAACAGAAUGUCAUGGAUUGCGGCCCGCAAGUCAUGGAUUUCCUCAAAGAAGGGUUGAGCCAGGCGCGCGCUGACGUUGGAUCUAACCAGUAUGUGUCGACCAUUCGCAAGUUUCUCGGAUGCAUUCUUUCCCUUGCAAAAGACAACAAAGAGAUUCAAGACCAACUGGUUGAACGUGGGUUGCGCAGCGAUGUGCGAAAAGCACUCAGCGAAAAUCAAGGCAUUUCCUUUCACGGUGAGUUUGGUUCGUUGCGUGAUUGGAUCAGAGGCGAUAGAGGCGGUGCGAAAUCUACCUCUCGAAGUAACCCCGUAUCCCGGACGGAGCGAAACGCCGCGGAAAGUGCGCUCGAAUCCGGGACGCAAGAGGAUUCUCAACUUUCAAACGAUCAUAUUAAGGCGCAAAAGUUAUUUGCACAAGCCUCAGAGGACGAAAGCGCGUUGACGCCGGCGCCAAAAGUGAGGACGAGUGCGCAAAAUCAAGAGGAAGACGAACGUCAACGAUCCAGACCAGAUCGCGCUGAGACGGCGCCAAAAGUGAGGACGAGUGCGCAAAAUCAAGAGGAAGACGAACGUCAACGAUCUAGACCAGAUCGCGCUGAGACGGCGCCAAAAGUGAGGACGAGUGCGCAAAAUCAAGAGGAAGACGAACGUCAACGAUCUAGACCAGAUCGCGCUGAGACGGCGCCAAAAGUGAGGACGAGUGCGCAAAAUCAAGAGGAAGACGAACGUCAACGAUCUAGACCAGAUCGCGCUGAGACGGCGCCAAAAGUGAGGACGAGUGCGCAAAAUCAAGAGGAAGACGAACGUCAACGAUCUAGACCAGAUCGCGCUGAGACGGCGCCAAAAGUGAGGACGAGUGCGCAAAAUCAAGGGCAAGACGAACGUCAACGCUCUAGACCAGAUCGCGCCGAGACGGCGCCAAAAGCGAGGACGAGUGCGCAAAAUCAAGGGCAAGACGAGCGUCAACGCUCUAGCCUCAAUGACGCAAAUUCAUCGCUUCAAGCUAUUCAUUCUCAGUCUGGUUUGGAUGCUUUUGACACCCGAGGUGCGGAGUCAAAGUCGGCUAAGCAAGAUGAGGUUGAUGAUGGGAAGCAAAUGAGCGCGCUGCAGCGUAACUUCUCUGGAGAGAACCUGCAUCAAAGUGGGGAAGGAAAGUCUUCGCAUCUUCGUAGUAAGCAACCCAGUUUUGGAGAAGUGAAGGAACGCAGUAAACAUGAGUGGACCAUAAACGAAGCUAUUUCGGUUUUGAAAGCACGUGACAGCAGAAUGCACGUUGAAGCCUCUGAAGCUCUCGCAAACAUGUUCUACGAGGAACCAACCGUUGGCAUCGCAAUCGUGCUGAAUGGAGGCCUUGCUGCUUUGGCGCACGCUAUCACUAUUGGUGAUGCGACUUUCUGUACUGGUGCCUGCGCGCUAAUUCACAUGCUUACGUCGAGUAACUUGACGCUCAAACGCUGCCAGUCGGACGCAUCUGUUAUCAGUGGCGACAUGUUCAAGGCCAUCUUAGACGCCAUGUCGAAGUCUUCCAGCAACAUUGAGUUGCAACAGUGGGGCGCCACAGCUAUUUGGGCGCUCGUCAAGGAGAAUCAUCGCGCUAAGGUGGCAUUCAUGUUAGUUAAGACCAACCAAGGCGAAUCUUCGCUAAGAGUCUUGAAGAACGCCUUGAAAGAUUUCGGCGCCGAAUCUGAGGGCAUCACGCGCGCCGUCAUCGGGUGCACACUGGCGUUGGCGCUCAAUUCGGUCCCAUCUCAAAAGGCCAUAUCCGAUCUUGCGAUGCCAUACCUUAUGUUGGAUAUAUUAGCCAAGCAUCCACAGAUUUCGUUCCGAGGUGAAUUCGAUAAUCUCCGUGAAUGGCUUAGAGAUAACUCGUCGCGCAAGGAAGAAGUUCACCGCGACGUCUCGUUCAACGAACGGCACUCAAAGAAAGAUUAG